CGAGCUCCGCUUUUUAGAUACGGCCGAGAGAAAGAAGUCAACGAAUGCUUUGAGAGUCCAGGCCGGGUUUUCUGGCAUUAAGACGGAAGUAACAGCGAGCCGGAAGUCCCAGGCCUGCACAGAGAAAGAAGUGGGGAGGGGGAAGGAGGAAAACUCGGGGUAGGGAUGGCGGCUCAAAUUCCAAUUGUGGCCACUACCACCACUCCGGGGAUAGCCCGGAACAGCAAGAAGAGGCCAGCCAGUCCUUCCCACAACAGCAGCAGCGCCGGGAUAUACAGCGCCAGUAAGAAGAAAAAAGCGUCCACCUCUAGCUUUGCACAGGGUAUCAGCAUGGAAGCCAUGGCUGAGAAUAAAAUGGUGCCCUCUGAUUUUAGCACAGGACCUAUGGAAAAAACUGCCAAACCUUUGCCAUUUAAGGAUCCGAACUUUGUGCACUCUGGCCAUGGUGGUGCAGUAGCUGGCAAGAAGAAUAGAACCUGGAAGAACCUGAAACAAAUUCUUGCUUCUGAAAGGGCAUUGCCGUGGCAACUGAACGAUCCUAACUAUUUCAGUAUUGAUGCUCCUCCAUCCUUCAAACCAGCUAAGAAGUAUUCUGAUGUUUCAGGUCUUCUUGCCAACUACACGGACCCCCAGAGCAAGACCAUCGAAGAGUUUUCCUACAUUCGGAGGCUGCCAUCCGAUGUCGUCACUGGCUACCUGGCCCUGAGAAAGGCCACAAGCAUCGUUCCCUGAGCCUUGAGAAGUGAGGAUGAAGUGGAAAACUGUUUCAAAGGCAGACUUUGGACUCAUGAUUUUGUUUCAUGGAAACAAACUCAUUUUGCUGUCAAUCUGUAAAUGUCAAUGCUGUGCCUUGGAAAGAAUAUUUGGCUUUAAUUUAAGGGUUUUUUUUUCUAUGUUUUUCCUCCAAGUGUGAUAUUUCCUGUUGAGUUAAAUUAUACUUCAUUUGUUGUCUCAAGUAAAGUUGUUUGACAAGAAAAUAUAAAAUUGUGCUUUUAAUAUAA